AUGGCAACAGUCAAGGCGACGGGUAUCAAACCCGAGACAACGCCGAUAGAAUCUGACGUCUCCAUCAUCCAAUACGACUCUGCGCUGGAAUCCAUCAUCGGCUCCAAGCCCACACACGCCCUACUCCUCUCCUCUGCAGAAGGCACUGGCAAUGCGUUCUUUCACCGCGGCUGCGUCUACAACCCCUCCCGCAAUGAGCUCUGGACGACCUCCGUACCCCUCGCGGCAACCGACCCCUCAAGGCCGGCAACGAUCCUCAUGUCCAAGGUGACAAUCACCGCCUCCCCGCGCGGCGAUACCCUGACCGCCGAGUGGGCCAAGCUCCGGCCCCCGCCCGCGAUGCCGAUGCCGGCCAACGGCUGUCUUGCAGCCAACGGGAUUCUAUGGUGCUCCCAGGGAACGAUGCAUCCCGGGACCGGAGGCGUGUUCCACAUGCCCGCGGGGCAGCCGCCAAAAGCCGUGGCCACGACGUACUACGGCCGCGACUUCAACUCGCCCCACAGCGCGGCCGUCUCGGGCGACGGCGUGUGGUUUACGGAUCCGUGUUGCGGGCACGAGCUGGAUUUUAGGAGCCCGCCGCAGCUGCCGCCUUCGGUGUACUUGUACGACCAAACGGCGAGGGAGGUGAGGGCCAUGGCGGAUGGCUUUGUGAGACCAAGUGGAAUCGCUAUCGAUGAGGCUUCGUCGACGCUUUACGUUGCGGAUGCUGGAGGAGUAAAGGCUGAUGGGAGUCUGGAUUUGGUGCAACCAAGGAGCAUCUACGCAUUCGACAUUGUGAAAAGAGGGGACGCAAUCUUUCUGGCGAACAAGCGUUUAUUUGCACUGGCUAGGAGAGGUUCACCUAUACAUCUCAUGUGCGAGAACGGCAACGUCUGGGCAGCGUGUGGUGACGGCAUCGAAAUUUGGAACAACGGUGGCUCAUUACUGGGUUUGAUCAAGGUGGCAGGUGAGUAA